UCUCUGAAAACCUUCACCAUGGUCGACGCCUUCUGUGCCACUUGGAAGCUGGUUGACAGUGAGAAUUUCGAUGAGUAUAUGAAAGCACUUGGUGUGGGCUUUGCCACCCGGCAGGUUGGUAAUGUGACCAAGCCGACCGUAAUCAUCAGCCAGGAGGGCGACAAGGUGGUGAUUCGCACCCAGAGCACCUUCAAAAACACAGACAUCUCCUUCAAGCUGGGAGAGGAGUUUGACGAGACCACCGCUGAUGACAGGAACUGCAAAUCCACAGUGACUCUGGAGGGAGACAAGUUGGUCCAUGUCCAGAAGUGGGACGGCAAAGAGACCAAGUUUGUCAGAGAAAUCAAGGAUGGCAAGAUGGUCAUGAAUUUGACCUUUGAAGACAUCCAUGCAGUGCGUACCUACGAGAAGGCAUGA